AUGGCCGAGAUGAUAUUACGUACCGUGUUGAUAAUUGUGGCGCUGGCAUCAGUGACACAAGCAGUACUUAAUAAAGAAUUUAAGCGUCGUGAAGCUUUCGACUCAUAUGGGCCACCACCCCGUCCUGCACCACAGUACGGCCCACCACCCGCACAUAUACCACAUCGUGAAUAUGGUGUACCACAAAAAAUUCCAUUCCGUGAAUAUGGCCCACCAGCUAUCAAAUACGGACCGCCAAAAUUAAAUUUCAUAGGCGGUGGCGGUGGUGGUGGUAACAAUUUCGGUGGUGGUCUGCAUGAGCAAAUUAAGUCACAUUUUGGUGUACCAAAGCCAUUCUAUGGUCCACCACAUAUACAACAUAAGCCAGCUGGUGCUUACGGCCCACCACCAGUACCACAACCACAAUAUGGACCACCACCAAAACCUGCACCAGUAUAUGGUCCACCACCUCAACAGCAUAGACCUGCCCCAAACUAUGGACCACCACCACAACUCCCACCACAACCAAAACCUGUUUACGGUCCACCACCGCAAUUACCAUCAUCCCAUCCUGCCCCUAUUUUUAAUCCAGCUCAUCAUCCAGCCUCUUCCUAUGGUCCACCACCAUCAGGUCCUCUAAACUUACCACCAAAACAAGUGUAUGGGCCACCUGCCCCUAACUAUGGUCCACCACCAUUACCACAAAGCCUACCUGGUUCCCAUCCACCAUCCUUUAAUCGUGUACCUGAAACCACAAUCAUACUUACCAAUGGACAUGGCAAUCACCACAAUGGACCUUCCAAGCAAGUACAAAUACAAAUUGAUGCAUCUGGUCAUACGCACAGCGUUAGCGGCUCACAAGCACCUUUCCAUACCGCUUGUGAUGGCUGGAAACCAAUACCUGCACCUGUUGGCGCUUAUGUUGAACAUAACAAUAUCGAAACACAAGGUGGUUAUAGCCAAGUAGCACAGGGCAUAGGUGCUACAGGUGCUGGUAGUUUUGGUACACAAUACAAUGGUGGACAUUCCGGUGGUAGCAUAAUUGAUGGUUUAACUGAUGAACAAUUAGUCGCUGUUGCACUACAAUCAGAUGGUCUAGAUGGACAUACAUUACCGGCUACUGGUCCCGCCCAUAUAAACACAAACUCACUCGAAUCUGAAGGAUUACAGAUCGCAGUUAGUGAUAUUGGUGAUAGUUAUUCAAAACCACCACUUGAUUCAUUUGCACCUGGCUCCGUACAUGCACAAAAAUUCAACUCAUUUAGCACUGCACAUGCUAGCAUUGGCGUAGCUCCUCCAAGUGGCAAUUAUGGACCACCACCGCCAUCUUCUCCAGCUGCAUUCGUUCAUCAUCACCAUGGCGCAGCACAAUCAGCCGGUAUACACUACGGUCAGCAAUCAGGUAGCGUACAUACAUUCCCCGCUCAUGGUGGCGCACCACCUAGUAAGCCCGUUGCCUUCCGUCCACCAGUUCCACAAGGUCUACUCGAAUCGAUUGGCGCAACAGUACAGCACUUAGACCAGUUCGGUGUCAAGCCAGCUGAGCAACCACAAACUUAUAUACCACCGGCAGCAAAUGAAAUUGCUAGCAGCGGUCCAGGCAAUCUCAGUCCUGGUUAUGGUGUUCCUCUACCAGCACCUUUGCCACAACCACAACCUCAACCACAUCCUCAAAUCAUAGUUGAACAACAGCUACCACAACCUCAAUCUGCUCAGGUCUUUGUACAGGUAAAUCAACCAAAACUCUUAGAUGAUUUUGAGAAACUCAACAAUGGUUUGAAUUCACUUAAUGAAAAGACAGUCAAUGUUACUAGCCGAAUUAUGUCUAACAAUGAUUACAAAGAUUCUUUAUCUCUGUAUCGAAAUGAUGUGAGCGAUCUAAACAAAAAGGUUAACCCUAAAACUAAUAAAGCUGUGGAUGAUGAUAUUUCAGAUAAGAUUCUACAAUUUUCGAAUUCUCAAAAUGUUAACAUACCCAAAAACUUGAACAUAAAUGAUGAGCAAUAUGAGGGAUUGAUGCAAGAAGUAACCAAGCACUUUAAGGAACAUUUAAAUGAGAAAAUGUCAAAUGUGCAAAUUGAUUUUCCAAAAAUUUACAAUGAAAAACUGUGGAAAAUCAUACGCACUCAACGUCAGCAAAUCAAUGAUCUAUCAACCAUUUUAUUUCGGCGCUGUGGAUAUAGUGAUAUCUGCAAAAGUGACAGUGAGUCUGACGGCAAAAAAACUUGGGAGGAGUUGCGGGAUGAAAAUCGUACCUUAAGAAGUUUGCUACUAUUGUUGGAAAAUGAAAACGAUGAUUCUUCGAAGAAGAAAAAAAUAGAGAAGGCUGACGAAUCUGUGCAGACAGAACGGAAUUACUUUCUCUCUGUUCGCCAAAAUACUACACAGGUUAAUAUUAUCACAAAGACUACGGAAAUCGAUUUAGAUUUGUUGUCCAGAAAGAAAUUUGAUAAUUCAUUGAGAGGCAAAGAAUAA